AAGCCGCGGGUGGCGGUAAGAAAAGCUGCAGCCGGGUCUUGGGAAACCGAGUUUGACGGCGAGCGCCGGAAAAGAAGUAAACUGAAGAAAUGAUGCAUAUGCAGAAGACCAAUCCAAACUUGUUCAGCUUAAAGGUUUUUUUCUGGCUUUGUCUCUUUGAACUUCUGCAUAGUAAUUCAGGUACUCCCAGUCAAAAAUUAAGGGUUGUAGUCCAAGAAGGAGACGAAGCCAGACUUCCUUGCAGUCACAAAAUCCCUGAAGGCUCAUCUCCAGCAUAUUACUACAUCUACUGGCAAAAGCCUAUUCCUAGAAUUACAAAGAUGUCAGACCGGGUUGUGAUUUCAUACAAGAACGGUGAAGAAGUUGAAUCAGAAAAGGACAGCUCUUACAUGAACAGAUCAAAGAUAGAUAAGAAUUUUACACUUUCACUCGCUUCAGUGACAGUAAAUGAUAGUGGAGAAUAUAAAUGUGUUGCCUUAUGGCCAAAUAACGUACAAACAUUAUUUGUCCAUUUAUCUGUAAUAGUUCCAUUUAGUACACCUAUUAUCCUGAGCAAUUUGUCCAGCAAUUUGUCCAGCAAUUUGUCCAGUGAACGUUGUGACUCAACAAAUUUGACACUGAUAUGUUUGUCUCAUGGAGGUUCUUCAGAGCCAAAGAUGUAUGGAUCUAUCAAUGAAAAGCCAGUGAAUUGGACUGUCACAAGCAACAAAAUAUUUGGUUGUUUUAAUAUUACUGGCACCUUGCAGUUAAGCACGACAGAAAAUAUAUUGAUCCAGUGCUCAGUUCAUUAUUUAGAUUUCCAAGUGUCAACCAACUAUAGCUUGAAUGUGACAAAUAACUGUUCUGAACCAACAUUGCCACCAUUGAUUUUACCUUUUUGGGUCCUUAUUUCUUCAAUAGUGAUCCUGGUUUUCUUUCUAGCCGGAGUAAUGCUAGGAAUACUCCAAUGCUAUGUUCACAAGCAUCGAAGGUCCACCACACAUAAGUCACUGGCAACAGAUGAAAUGGGACUCGAGGAACAAUCUAGUGGGCAGAAAUCUUCAAUGUUGGGGAGGUAAGCUUGGUGCUCUGCACUAUCCUCUUAAACAAAUGAAAAUAGAACUGAGUUGGAAAUAGCCCAUUUCAAUUUCGCCUUGCACCUAUAAGCUCUUCACAGAAGAUGCCCCCAGUUUCCAUAAACUCAUUUGAAAGAAAGGAGCCCAACAUCACUCUUGCUAACUAUUGUCAAACUG